AAGGGAGGGGAGAAGGGGGGAGGUCUCUGUUCACAAAGCCCCUCCAACCGCAGAGGGAGAAGGAAGGAGAGAAUAGAGAUGGGGACAAAGAGAGUGAUGGCAGGAGAGAGGGGCACCAUCACAUCCCCACCAGGACCAUGAGACGACAGGCAUGGGGGAGACAGACACCAUGUACCAGAGACUGCAGGGAUGCAGCCAGUGACAGCCAUUGACAUCCCAGCCUGCCAGAGCUCAGAGACCCCCUGCACAUCAGAGACUGCAUCACAUUCAAUAGGAUGAGAAGAGACUGCACAGAGACAGUCCACAGCAAGAGAGAGACAGCAGGAGACUGCUCCCCACCAUGUGCAUAUUGUUGCUGUGUGAUGGAUGAUGUCCCGCAGACGGUGGGUGAUGGGGAAGGAGAGACACAAUGGAUGAUGAGCUUGGGGUCGCCCAGCGGGUGAUGAGCCUGGGGUCACAUAAUGGGACUGGUAACAAGAUAUUCCAUGGAACCUUCUACUUAAUGCGGAGAAGAAACUGAGGUCGGCUGCCAGGACUUUCAGGGUCCCCCCUCCCCCCCUUAUUGAAGACAUGGCCACCACUAUGCAAGCCUUUCACUUUAAGCAGUUUGCCCCCGAACCGGGGCAGGACUGGCCUCCCCCCUGUGAGCAGGAGAUAGAGCGGAGGUACCAGGUUGUCCCCUCGGUCGUCUGCGCUAUGUGUUGCCUUUUUGGGAUUAUCUACUGUUUCUUUGGCUACCGAUGCUUCAAGGCUGUUAUGUUCCUGACGGGUCUGAUGUUUGGCUCGGUGGUCAUCUUCAUGCUAUGCUACAAGGAACGGGUUCUGGACACUCAGCUGAGUGUGGAGGCCAGUGUGGGCAUUGGCCUUGGGAUUGGAGUCUUGUGUGGCCUGGUCACCAUGCUGGUGAGGAGCGUGGGGCUGUUCAUGGUGGGUUUACUGCUCGGAUUGCUCAUAGCCAUAGCCACGCUGAUCGCCAUGGAGCAGUUCUACCACCCGCGCACCGUCUGGGUCCCAGUGGCUUUACUCCUUGGGAUUGGGAUGCUGUUUGCCGUGCUGACCUUACAGUGGCAGCGCUUCUUCACCACACUCUCCACCGCCGUCUUUGGCAGUGCCAUCAUGACAGUGACUGUGGAUUACUUUAUCGAGCUCUUUCUGCUGGUGCAGUAUGUGUACCAGCGGAUGAAGGUGGACCCUCCGCAGCCCAUAUGCUGGUACAGCUGGGUUAUUCUCGGCAUCUGGCCCGUACUUAGUUUAUUGGGAGUCCUGGUCCAGUGGAAAGUCACAGCAGAGGGCUACUCUCAUACAGAAGUGAUCAUCAGUCGGCAACAACGUCGGGUCCAACUUAUGAAAAUAAAGCAGAGAGAGGAGCGUAAGGAGAAGAAGAAAAAGAAGAAGAGACCUCACCAUCAUCAUCCUCACCCACAGCACAAAUCACCACAUCCACCUGAGCCAGCCUUCCGCAGAAAACCAACUCCUAUCCGGCGAUUUGAUGGCGAUGUGAUCUCCCCAAGCUACAUUCAGAGUUUUCGGGACCAGCAGUCGGGAUCUUCUCGGGGCCAGAUGACUGGUGCUCACACAGUGGUGGAUUUGGACUAUGACUGUGGCUCCAGGACACCAUUAACCUCCGGAGCGGCAUCAGCCGUACGAGUAUAGCACAGAGCGAGAGGAGCAGGGAGGACGACCCGGGAGGACGACAUUGCGCUGUAACAACUCCAACACUGUGACUAUGAGAACCCAUCGGAGUUACUUACCAUACCACGUUGCAGAAUUGCGAGCAGACACUGACUGCAGACUCUACCAACGCUGCAUUCACUGUGCGAUGACUCCCACCUACCUCUCUACAAGCACCACACACAUAGACAUUCCAACCUACCUCCCUGUGGUCCCCCCUCAAGCUCUGAUCUCUCCUUACAUCAGUGUUUCCCAACCAGUGUGCCUCCAGCUGUUGCAAAACUACAACUUCCAGCAAGUUCGGAGAGCCUUAGGUCUACCUCUUUCCCCAGGAGAGAAGGGUUGGACUUGGGACAAUAAUUGGCUAGGAGACAACAUGCGACCAAAUGAUUACUCAGCUGUACAAUGAAAGGGCAUGCUGGGAAUUGUAGUUUUGCAACAGCUGGAGGCACACUGGUUGGGAAACACUGCCUUACAUGGACCUCCAUUACCUCUCCCCUCGACGACUGGAUCCACCGGAAAAAAAAAAAAAAAGGACCACAAUGGGAACCAAUCCGACCAACC